CUGAUACUCAAAACGAUGGAGCAAGUGGAAGGGACUAAAACAGAUGUUGAAAAGAGGGUGGAAAGAAUCUUGAAGCUCAUUAAGAGGAGAAACAGAGUGAAAAAAGAGCCAGAACUUGUUGGACUCGUUGAGGACUUUCACAAACAGUACCAGGCACUCUAUGCCCAGUAUGAUCAGCUUAGACGAGAGUCAAGUAAGAAAGCUGACGAUGGAAAAGGAAAUGAAAGUUGUUCUUAUUGUGCCUCCAGCUCGGAUUCAGAAUAUUAUUCCUCCGAGGAUAUAGAAAUUAACACCAACUUAGAACUUAAUAAUAAUAGAAGUUCCCAUAGAAGGAUGGCAGACAAAACCAAGGAAGAAAUUGAAAGUGCAAAUGUAGAAGUUGCUGACUUGAAGAAUCAAUUGGCCUCUAAGACUGAAGAGAAGGAAGCUUUAACUUCAGACCAUCUGGCAGCUUUAAGUAAAAUACAAGAAAUAGAAACCAUCAACAGAGAUUUGAGAAAAGAAGUGGAUGAGAAAGAAAAGAGACUUGCUGCUCUUGGAAAGGUGCAUCAGGGACGGGUAACAGAGCUAGAGGAGCGGCUAACUGGCUUGAAAACGGAGCUGGAAUCUCUGCACCAUCAGAAAAGAGAUUUGGAAGAUCAGCUUGAUGGUAAGACAGCUGAAUCUAAACAGCAAGAAAAGACAAAUAAGGCACUGUAUUCGGAAUUCGAAUUGAUACCAAAGGAGGAAGGAGAUGCAGUAACUAAACUCAUGAAGCAAAUCAAGGACAAUGAGAACAAUUUAAUGUCUAAAAUUGAGGAUUCAAUGGCACAGGUGAGCAAUCUGAAAAAGGAGGUGGACUAUUUACGUGCCCAAAAAUAUGCGGCCGAAGGAAGUAUAGCAGGCAAAAGUAGUGAAUCAUUUGAUCAGGAAAAUGUAAUGAGGCAGGAAUUGGAUUCCCUACGCAGCCAGAAAACCGAAUCAGAAAUUCUGCUAGAGACGAAAUCCAAAGAAAUCUCCCAGUAUCUGAUUCAAGUGAAAUCCUUGAAAGAGGAAUUAGCAAGAAAGAGAGCUGUUGAGCAGAUAACGAUAGAGCAAAAAGAAGGCUUACAGGUGCAGUUGAUGGACUUGGAAUCAGAGGUGGACACUCUCCGAAGGCAGAAAAAUAUAUCAGAAGAUGAAGUGUGGAGUAAUACCCGUGAAAUCAAUCAAUUGAGAGAGGAAAAGGGUAACCUGCAGGCUAAAAUUCUAGAAUUGGAAACACUGUUUCGAGAGAGAGGCCUUGAGCUUUCUGCUGUUCUGGAGGAUAGCAAAAGUAUAAAGAUUAAAGUAAAUGCUCAGAUAAGGACCUUGAAUGCGGAGGUUGAACUUCUGCAACAGAAGUUGGAUACCCUGAAGAUGGAGAAAAGCCAGUUGGAGUUGCAGAUUGCUGAUCAGCAGAGAAUCACGAAAGAAAGAGAGGAAGCCAUAAACAAAUCUACGGAGGAGUCUAACUCUAAGGUGGUCAGAAGAUGGUCGUCAGGAUCCACGUUAAAUUCCCAAGUCCUAGAAAGAAAGAUGGAGGAGUUAGCAGAAGAGUUCCGCAAGAAAGUUGAAGAUAACAUCCGUCUUUUGUACCAGAGGAUCAAGGUUGCUGAAAAAAUACAUUUUGAGAACAAAGAGACUCACAAGAAAAUAAAAGAAAGGCUAGAGCAAGAGAAUGGGGCACUUGAAGAAAAGCUUGCAAAUUAUGAAGCUGAGUUCAGGAAGUUGAGGGAUACAAUGGAGCCAGGAAAAACUGCAUUGUCUGAUUUGACUUCAGCGGUGAAUGAGCUAGAAGACGAAGGGAAUUCCCUCACCCGCAUCUCAAAUGUCACCGACGAGCUUGUUUCUGCAAACGACUGCGAACAGCUGAAAGGCAAUGUGGAUUUAGCGGUAGCAGAACUGAAUAAGGAAAAAGAGGAGUCGCUGGAAGCUAAGUUGAGAGAGCAAGGAGAAGAAAAGCUGAACCUAAUAAAAGCAGUGAGUGGGCUUGAGAACAGAGUGGGAGAAUUGGAGAAGAUUAUGAAAGACAAGGACGAGACAUUGUUGGGUCUUCAAGAAGAGAAGAGGGAAGCCAUAAGGCAGCUCUGCCUCUUGAUCGACUAUCACCGCUGCCGCUGCGACUAUCUCAAGGAAUUCAUCUCUAAGUUGAUUGUUAGAAGCCAGAAAAAGACAGAGAUGACCAAGCAUCGUUUUAGGGAGUCUAUAAAGUCUUUUUUUGGGCACCAUGUUGAUCCAGAAAAAGAUGAACAGCUUAAAGGAAGUAAAAUAGAAAUUGAUGACAAGGUGAAAAAAAUAUUGAAGCUCAUCAAGGAUGAAGAAGCCGAAGAAAAUGGUGGGAUCUCAAUAGCUAACUCCAAUAAGGAACCACUUGUCCAGUUAAUUGAGGAUUUCCACAAACACUACCAAAAUCUCUAUGCACAAUAUGAUCACCUCACGGGAGAGCUGAGGAAAAAAGUUCAUGGCAAACGAGAAAAAGAUGCCUCCUCUUCUUCAAGUUCAGAUUCAGACUCUGAUUAUUCUUCAAAGGAUGGAGGCAGUAAAAAUGGACAAUUGGAAAGUGAAUUUCAGAAAAUAGCAGAAGGCAUUAAACAAGAACUUGAAAUGGCAAAAAUGGAAAUUGCUGAGCUGAAGAGGAAGCUGACGGCCACCAAUGAAGAAAAAGAUGCUUUACAUUCAGAGAAUCUAGCUUCUUUAAGCAAGCUGCAAGAAGCAGAGGAAAUCGUCAGAAAUCUGAAGCUUGAAUCUGAAAGAUCAGAGAGUGAAAAAUCAAAACUUGUGGUUGAGACUGAAGAGCUGAGGCUUAAACUGGACACUGCUGGUAAGAUAGAAGCUGAGGUGAAUCAAAGAUUGGAAGAUCUGAAUAGAGAAAAAGAUAACUUAAUUCUAGAGAAAGAGACUGCUGUUAAAAGAAUUGAAGACGGAGAGAAGUUUACAGAAGAUCUUAGAAGAGAAGUUGAUCAGCUGAAGGAGGAAAAUAUAACUCUAAAGCAAGAGGUGGAGAGUGUUAGAGGAGAAGUUUCCAAUGUGCAGCAGCAGCUGGAAUCUGCGGAACAGCAAGUUUCAGAAUUGAGCCACAGUCUGAAUGCUACCGUGGAAGAUAAUAAAUCCCUGAACUUGGAACUUUCCAAGGUUUCAAAUGAGAUUCAGCAGGCACAGGGCACAAUACAACAGCUCAUGGCUGAAAUGAGCCAGUCAAAAGAUGAAAUUGGUGAGAAAGAAAGGGAACUUUUGACUCUCAAAGAGUUGCAUGAGGUGCAUGGGAAUCAAUCAUCUGCUCAGAUAAAAGAAUUAGAGGCACAAGUGACAAGCUUAGAGCUGGAGUUGGCAUCAUUGCGAGCAACAAACAGAGAUUUGGAGGUGCAGAUAGAGAACAAAGCAGCUGAAGUAAAACAGAUGGGAGAGCAAAAAAUAGGACUGCAAUCCCAAAUUUCAGAACUUGAAAUGAUGUCAAAAAAGAGAGAAGAUGAGCUUUUGAUUCUCACAAAGAAAUUUGCGGAUAAUGAGAAAGAAUCAUUGUCUAGAGUAGAGAAUUUGACAGUGCAGAUCAACAAUCUGCUAGUUGACAUGGAGUCGGUACGCACCCAGAAAUCUCAGUUGGAAGAACAUAUAGUAUUUAAAAGUGAUGAAGCAUCAAAUCAAGUUAAGAGCUUAAUGGAUCAGAUAAAUAGAUUGCAGCAGGAGCUGGAAUUUUUGCAUAGCCAGAAAGCAGAACUGGAAAUGCAGCUUGAGAGAAAAACUCAAGCUAUCUCAGAUUAUGCAAUUGAGAUAGAAAAGGCAAAAGAGGAAAUAGUAAGCAAGACCGAGGAUCAACAGAGAGUUCUGCAGGAGAAAGAAGGUUUGGUGGCAGAAACGAAGGAUCUAGAAUUUGAGGUCAGUUCUCUAAAGAAUCAGAAAGGUGAACUGGAACAGGAGUUAAGAACUAAAAUCGAAGAGAACGGUCAGUUGAGAGAGGAAAAGGUGGGGUUACAGGGUCAAAUCUUUGAAUUAGAGAAAACAUUGGCAGAGACAGGGCUUGAGUUCACUGCUCUCCAGGAAAAACAUGCAAGUGCAGAGAAUGAGUUAAGGGAGGAAAAGGUGGGGUUACAGGGUCAAAUCUUUGAAUUAGAGAAAAAAUUGGCAGAAAGAGGGCUUGAGUUCACUGCUCUCCAGGAAAAACAUGCAACUGCAGAGAAUGAAGCUUCUUCCCAGUUAAUAGCCCUACAGGAUCAGGUUAACAAUUUGCAGCAGGAGUUGGAUUCCUUACGGACCCAGAGAAAUGAACUGGAGUUGCAGCUUGAGAGAGAGAAACAAGAAUCAUCAGAAAGAAUCUCUGAAAUGGAGAAUCAGAAAUUGGAGAAUGGUCAGUUAAGGGAGGAAAAGGUGGGGUUACAGGGUCAAAUUUUUGAAUUCGAGAAAACAUUGGCAGAGAGAGGGCUUGAGUUCACUGCUCUCCAGGAAAAACAUGUAAGCGUAGAAAAUGAAGCUUCUUCACAGUUAACAGCCCUAGAGGUGCAGGUUAAAAAUUUGAAGCAGGAGUUGGAUUCCUUACAGACCCAGAGAAAUGAACUGGAAUUGCAGCUUGAGAGGGAGAAACAAGAAUCAGCAGAAAGACUCUCUGAAAUCGAGAAUCAGAAAUUGGAGAAUGGUCAGUUAAGGGAGAAAAAGGUGGGGUUAGAGGAUCAAAUCUUUGAAUUAGAGAAAAAAUUGGCAGAAAGAGGGCUUGAGUUCACUGCUCUCCAGGAAAAACAUGUAAGCGCAGAGAAUGAAGCUUCUUCACAGUUAACAGCCCUGGAGGUGCAGGUUAAAAAUUUGAAGCAGGAGUUGGAUUCCUUACAGACCCAGAGAAACGAACUGGAGUUGCACCUCGAGAGAGAGAAACAAGAAUCAUCAGAAAGACUCUCUGAAAUGGAGAAUCAGAAAUUGGAGAAUGGUCAGUUAAGGGAGAAAAAGGUGGGGUUAGAGGAUCAAAUCUUUGAAUUAGAGAAAACAUUGGCAGAAAGAGGGCUUGAGUUCACUGCUCUCCAGGAGAAACAUGUAAGCGCAGAGAAUGAAGCUUCUUCACAGUUAACAGCCCUGGAGGUGCAGGUUAAAAAUUUGAAGCAGGAGUUGGAUUCCUUACAGACCCAGAGAAAUGAACUGGAAUUGCAGCUUGAGAGAGAGAAACAAGAAUCAUCAGAAAGACAUUCUGAAAUGGAGAAUCAGAAAUUGGAAAAUGGUCGGUUAAGGGAGGAAAAGGUGGGGUUAGAGGAUCAAAUCUUUGAAUUAGAGAAAAAAUUGGCAGAAAGAGGGCUUGAAUUCACUGCUCUCCAGGAAAAACAUGUAAGCGCAGAGAAUGAGGCUUCUUCACAGUUAACAGCUCUAGAGGUGCAGGUUAAAAAUUUGAAGCAAGAGUUGGAUUCCUUACAGACCCAGAGAAACGAACUGGAGUUGCACCUCGAGAGAGAGAAACAAGAAUCAUCAGAAAGACUCUCUGAAAUGGAGAAUCAGAAGUUGGAGAAUGGUCAGUUAAGGGAGGAAAAGGUGGGGUUGCAGGGUCAAAUCUUAGAAUUAGAGAAAACAUUGGCAGAAAGAGGGCUUGAGUUCACUGCUCUCCAGGAAAAACAUGCAAGCACAGAGAAUGAAACUUCUUCCCAAUUAACGGCCUUAGUGGUGCAGGUCAACAAUUUGCAGCAGGAAUUGGAUUCCUUACAGACCCAGAGAAACGAACUGGAGUUGCACCUCGAGAGAGAGAAACAAGAAUCAUCAGAAAGACUGACUGAAAUGGAGAACCAGAAAUCUGAGCUGGAAAGCCAAAUUAACAAUCAGCAGAGAAUGCUAGAAGAACAGGGGGAGGCGCAUAAGAAGUUGGCCGAGGAAUACAAACAGGUUGAGACGUUAUACCAAGAGUGCAGGGCAAAUCUUGAAGCUGUAGAAAGGAAGAUCGACGAAAUGUCAGAAGAAUUCCAUAGAACCAUCGAAUCUAAAAGUCAGAUGGCAGCUGAUCUGAAGCAAAUGGUUGAAGACCUUCAAAGAGAUUUGGAAGCAAAGGGAGUUGAGAAAAAUGACUUCAUAAACCAGAUUAUAGAUCAUCAGAGGAUGCUAAAAGAAAAAGAAGAUGCACGUAACAAGCUAAGCGAGGAGUAUAAACAACUUGAAACUUCAUUUCAGGACUGCAAGGUAAUUAUUGAAGUCACAGAAAGGAAGAUGCAAGAAAUGGCAGGGGAGCACAAUAUGAACGUUCAAUCUAAAGAUCAAAUAGUAGCUGAUUUGGAGCAAAUUAUUGACGACUUGAAAAGUGAUUUAGAAAUGAAAGUAGAUGAGCUCAAUACCUUGGUCGAGAACGUCCGCACAAUUGAAGUUAAGCUCCGGCUGUCAAACCAAAAGCUUCGAGUCACAGAACAGUUACUAACUGAGAAGGAAGAGAGCUUCAGAAAAGCAGAAGCAAAGUUCCUGGAAGAACAAAGAAUACUUGAAGACAGGAUCACGACAUUGUCUGGAACAAUUGCUGCAAAUCAAGAAGCACAUUGCAGGAUGAUCACUGAUAUCGCAGAGAAUGUGAACAGUACCUUGACCGGAUUUGAAGCUGUCAUCCAGAACUUGGAAGAGGGCUAUGGAAACUACGAGCACUGCGUUGAAGAAACAUCCAAAGAGCUAAGGAUUGCAAAACACUGGGUUGCAGAGACAAAGAGUGAGAAGAAGCGGCUAAUCAAUGAAGUGACUAGUUUGAUUGCGCAGCUGAAAGAUCAGAAAGAAAGAGAAUCCAUGUUACGAGAAAGAGUUGAGAAGCUACAGACUAAGGCAGACAAGGAAGAAGGGGAAAGGGAGAAUCUGAUCAAAGCAGUGAAGCAUCUGGAGAAGAAGGUGGAAUUCUUGGAGACAGUGAUGAAAGAGAAGGAUCGAGGCAUACUGGGCCUAGGAGAGGAGAAGAGGGAGGCCAUUAGGCAGCUCUGCGUGUGGAUUGAUUACCACCGCAGCCGUUGCGAUGAUCUAAGGGAAAUCCUCUCGAAAACUACCAGAGUCCAGAGGGCAACCUAGAAUUAUUUUCCAUUCCAUCAUGUUCAUUCUGGCUUUGCAUUUGUGGAUUUAUUUUUUAUUAUUUCAUUUUUUUUCUUUCACUCAACAGAUUGGGCUGUUGAUAAAAAAACCUUUCUCAAGGUGAUGUUUAGUUAGCAUAGAUGUCUCAUAAAUGUUGUUUGCAUGUAAAGAAAAACCGUAUGCUUAGGAUUUUCUCUACAAGGAAAAAAAAUCUGGUUUUUGAGUAGAUUUCCUACGUAAAAAAAAAAAAA